AUGGCGGAGAAGCGACCACUGGGGACCCUGGGCCCUGUAAUGUAUGGCAAACUACCCCGCCUCGAAGCUGACUCUGUACCUGGGCACAACCUGCCCCCUUCUGCUGGCAGCCAGGACCCCUGCAGCUACAAGAGUGCCUACUUCUCUUGCCCUAUGGGGGGUGCUCCCAAGACAGGUUCUGAGAGACUGGCAUCCUGGACCGCCUACUCACCCUUAUACCCCAGCAGCAUGGCAGGGCCCCCACUUCGGGCAGACAGUCUGUUGUCUAAUUGCCUGCUCUACCGGCCACCAGCAGAGGGCUCCGAGAAGGUGCCGGAUGCCAGCCCUGUUGAAGUGCUACCCUAUAGUCCUCGGGCUCACUCUUACCCAGGUCCAUCACUGGCAGCACCAAAGCCUGUCUACCGCAACCCUCUGUGUUAUGGACUCUCAACUUGCCUGGGGGAAGGGACAGCCAAGAGGCCACUGGAUGUUGACUGGACACUGGUCACUGGGUCCCUGCUACCCCCUGCUGACCCACCCUGUUCUUUGGCUCCAACUCCUGGCAAAGGCCAACCUCUAGAUGCUACUUUCUUGCAUGGGAUACCAGCUGGGGGGUCUGGCAAGGAUUCCUCCAUGAGCUUCUCUCCAUGCCAGGCAUUCCUGGAGAAGUAUCGGACCAUCCACAGUUCAGGCUUCCUGCCCUCCAAAUAUGCAGGUCCUUACUCCGGGGACGCCAAGCAAGCAAUGCCUGAGGGGCCCCCUAGUCCUUGGACCCAAUUGCCUCAACCUCUGGGACCAUCCUGCCAGGAGGCAGUGUCUACCCACUACCCACUGCCCCAUGCACCACAGGCUCUGCCUUGCCCGCCAGCCUGCCGCCACCCACAGAAACAGGGCAGCUACAGCUCAGCGCUCCCACUGCAGCCUCUGGGAGCCCACAAGGGGGCUGGGUACCCACCUGGUGGCCUGGGCAGUCCCUACUUGAGGCAGCAGGCCGCCCAGACACCCUAUGUACCCCCAGUGGGACUGGACACUUACUCCUACUCCUCUGUCCCACUCACAGCACCCUCACCGAGCUUCAAGCUGGAGCCACCUCUGGCUCCACGGUGCCCACUGGACUUUCCCCCUCAGAUGCUCAGCUUUCCUCAUGCCCGGGACGACCUCUCUCUCUACGGGGCUUCCCCGGGGCUGGGAGGGACACCGCCUUCCCAGGACAAUGUGCGGGCUGUGCCGCCACCUGGUGCCUUUCAGCGGGCAUGCCAGUCUGUACCUGUCAGCCAGCCACACUUGGAGCCUGUAAGGCCCCUAGACAAGCCAGUGCAGGCAGUGGAGAAGACAUGGCUGCCUAGCUGCCAGAAAGAGCAGCUCCAGCCCCGGCUCAACGAACACCCCGGGGCACCCAUCGUCAUCCGAGAUAGUCCAGUCCCCAGCACCCCACCAGCACUGCCCCCCUGUGCCCAGGAGUGUCAGUCCCUCCCACAGCACAAGCGUGAGAGUCCUCCCAGCUCUCCUCCCAUGCCUGUUAUUGACAACGUCUUCAGCCUGGCUCCUUACCGUGAUUACCUGGAUGUACAAGCACCUGAGGCCACGUCUGAACCUGAGCAAGCCCCAGCCACCGACCAGAGCCCCAGCAAAGUCUGCAAGGGGGUCCUGCCUGCUCAGGAGUCUCCCUUAGGCACGUGCUGCUCACUUAGGGAGGAAGUAGCUCUGGAUUUGAGUGUGAAGAAGCCUGCAACAGAGACGUCCUCUAUCAAGGUCCCUAGCCCUGUGGUACAUGCCAAACCCACAGAUGUGCUGAAUGUUGGGGGCAUAGUCACAAACAUGCCAGGGGCAGGGAAUAUAGUCUCAGAUGUACCCGGUAUGGGGAACAUGGUGCUGGAUCUGCCGGGCCUGAAAAAUCACGUCACAGAAGCCCCAGGGCUGCCUUUGGCACCCGUGCCCACAGAGGCCACACCAAGGACCAACUUCCAAAGCUCCGUUGCCUUCAUGUUCCGAAAAUUCAAGAUCCUCCGGCCAGCACCCUUGCCAGCAGCUGUGAUCCCAUCUGUGCCCACCUCGGUUCCGACCCCGGCCCCUCCUGCACUCACCCCCACGUCUUUGCCCAUUGAACUAAAGAUUGUCACUCAGCCAUUACCUGUGACCUGCUUAAACCUGGCACUGCCAAGCCCUCCAGCCUUAGCCAUGGCCUCACCAGCACCGGCUCCUGCCCCAGCCCCAGCCUCUGCCGACUCCCCGGAGCAGCACUUCGCAGGGCUGCACGCAGCCCUGUGUGACACCAUCUCGGACUCCGUGGCCCACUCCCCACCUGAGAAGCUACGUGAGUGGCUUGAAACAGCUGAGCCUUGGGGCCGGGCAGCGUGGCAGGACUGCCAGGGUGUUCAGGGACUGCUGCGUAAGCUGCUAUCACAGCUGCAGAGCUUCGUGGGCACCCAUCAGUGCCCCUUCCCUCAUGUGGUACGAGCUGGUGCCAUCUUUGUACCCAUCCACCUGGUGAAGGAACGGCUCUUCCCUCGGCUGCCCCCUGCAUCUGUGGACCACGUGCUGCAGGAACACCGUGUGGAGCUGCGACCCACCACACUGUCGGAGGAGCGGGCGCUGCGGGACCGGGCCUUACAUGGCUGCUCAUCGCGUAUGCUGAAGCUGUUGGCCCUUCGCCAGCUACCGGACAUCUACCCUGACCUGCUGGACCUGCAAUGGCGGGACUGUGUCCGCCGCCAGCUGGGUGACUCUGACACUGAGGCUGGAAAUCGGCCCCCAUCAGAACCCACCAUGGCCCCAAAUGAGCCAGAGAGCCUAGUCCUGGCUCAGAAGUCACCAGCCCCCAAGACCAGGAAACUGGGGAGGAAACAACCAACUCCUGGUCCAGAGAAGGCAGAGGCAGCUGCUGGGGGAAGAUCCCAUGGUGGUGCCUCACCUACUGCAGCUGCCAGCACCAGCCCGCUCGGCCCCUCACUAAGGUCCCGCUUCCGCAGCCUGCUAGAGACAGCCUGGCUCAAUGGCCUGGCACUGCCCACUUGGGGCCACAAGGUCCCAGGACAGGACCGGCCUUCACCCCACCCACAGCUGUUGGGGGGUCAGAGCCACCACCUGUAG